AUUUUUUUUUCUUUGAUGAGCAGUUUGGAAGAAACCGAUGCAGACUUUGUUCCAGAAAAUAUCUUGAAAAUAUUAGUAGCUACUGAUAUUCAUUUGGGAUAUUGUGAAAGACAUCCUAUACGAGGUGAUGACAGUUUUCAUACGUUUGAAGAGAUUCUUUCGUUAGCUAGACGUCACGAAGUAGAUAUGGUGUUACUGGGUGGAGAUCUAUUUCAUGAAAAUAAACCUUCCAGGUCUUGUCUUGUACGAACCAUGAGAAUAUUGCGUGACUAUUGUCUUGGUGAGAAACCAGUGGCGUUUGAUUUUUUGUCUGUGGCAACCGAGGUUUUAGAUUCACCUUAUUCUGUAAACUUUAUGGAUCCUUAUCAUAGUGUCUCACUACCUAUAUUUACCAUUCACGGAAAUCAUGAUGACCCAGUAGGAGGUUCAGGAGAGCAGUUUUCUGCUUUGGAUAUUCUUCAACUGGCAAACUUGAUCAAUUAUUUUGGCAAGGUAAAAGAUGCCCAGUCGAUUCAACUACUUCCUCUUUUAAUACAGAAAGGAGUUACCAAACUUGCUUUAUAUGGUUUGGGAAACAUUAGAGAUGAAAGACUUUAUGCUACAUGGCAUGAUGAAGGCAAAGUUACUUGGCUUAGGCCUCAAGUAUCUGAUCUUUCCAAUUGGUUCAAUAUGUUUGUCUUUCACCAAAAUCGAGGUCAAAAAGGAGGAAGUAAUAUAGUUUUCGAGGAAUUGUUUCCUUCAUUUCUCGACUUGGUUGUCUGGGGUCAUGAACAUGAAUGUAAGAUUGUACUGCAGGGUUCCAAACCUUAUAUUACACAACCAGGUUCAAGUAUUGCCACAUCCCUUAUUGAAGGAGAAGCUGUUCCUAAACAUGUAGCUAUUCUGGAACUAUUUCGAGAACAAUUCAAAUGGACUCCUAUUCGACUAAGGACAGUUCGUCCAUUUGUCAUGAAGCAUAUUCGACUUGAGGAAGAAAAGAACCUUGAAAAUGCUAACAAGGAUCAACUUGAAGACUUUCUUGUCAAGUAUGUGGAUAAGUUGUUGACCAAGGCAGAAGCAGAUUUUUAUUUUGCUUUAAAAGAUUGGAAUGAUGAUAUGACCAUCGAUCCUAGGCUAAAGCAACCUCUUGUUAGACUACGUGUAGAAUAUACUAGUCUUCAUACAAGUAUUAGUCCACAACGAUUUGGACAACAUUUUGUUGGAAAAGUUGCAAAUAGUUCUGAAAUUCUGAAAUUUCAACGGAAAAGCAUUAGGAAGAACAAAGAUAUGAGCCGAAGCGUUGCUUUGGAACGAAUAGAUCCCAAACUGGACUUGUCAGAUGAAUUGAGUGUGCUGGGACUUAUACAGCAAAGUCUGGAUCCCAGUUCCAGUCUUCAUAUACUACCAAUAGUUGACCUCAACUCAGCACUAGAAAAGUUUGUUUUCAAGUCGGAGACUUUAGCCAUUCCUGAUUUUGUGGAGAGCUAUUUAACCAAUGUCAAGAAGACUAUUCUUGCAAAGAAGGAUCCGUUGAAAGAGUUGAAUGAUGAGGAUAUCAAAUCAAUUUGUCGAGAACUUCUCGAGGAUAGAAAUGCUGAAUGUGAUAGAAAGGCAAUGGAUGAAAGCAAUCUUAAUCCUGAACAGCAGCGGUCUCCAAUAAUACAUCCGGAAAAAGAUGCUUCUAAUUAUUCCAGUUCCUCAUUUGUUCGUAUGUUUAUAGACGACUCUGAAGAAGAAAAAGAAGAUAAUAAUAAUGGCAAAGUUGGUGCCAAAGAAACUGUUGUAUCGAAACAAGCUUCCCAUUCGAAAGCAUCAUUGAAUAGCAAGAAAAGCAAAACAAUUAAUCAGAAGAAAAGGAAAAAUGAAACUUUCGGAAGAACAGAGUCCCAAGAAGAAAGUAGCGCAACUUCGACUUUAACCAGGAACAAAAGAUCUGUCACAAAUACUAGAAAGUCCUCAAGAAUAGCCACUUUAUAUCAAGGAAUCGAACGAACUUCAAAAUAUGACUUUGAUGAAGAUGACUCUGAUGAGUAACAACACGGUAUUUUAUAUAUAUAU